CCUAAAUGGUUUUCGCUCUAAAAUUUGAGUUUAAAGAUUAAAUAUAAACUGAAUGAGAGUUGGAAUAGUUGAACCGCAAAUUACUGGUAAAUACAUAUUAAAAAAAUAUAAUUAAUGCAGCGUGGUGAAGCAGAAAUGUAUAAUCAUCAAUGGCGGAACCGUGAUCAAUCAAACCAAGUGUUCUGAGCUCUUACAAAGUAGAAAGAUAUGACUUUGACGACGGAGCUUCUGAAACUUCCCAUCGUCGACUUAUCCUCCCCUGACCGCUUAUCUACGGCCGCUACAAUCCUACAGGCUUGUACGGAUCACGGGUUCUUUUAUCUGGUGAAUCAUGGAGUGGAGGAGGAGCUUUUCCAGAAGGUUUUUAACGAGAGCAAGAAGCUUUUCUCACUCCCCUUGGAGGAGAAGAUGAAGUUGGGUCGCAAGGAUCAUCGAGGCUAUACCCCACUUUUCGCUGAGAGUCUUGACCCUGAUUUGGCCCCCAAAGGGGACCCCAAAGAGAGCUAUUAUAUUGGUCCUUUGGAAGAAGAUUCUGCUCCAGUUAAAUUGAAUCAGUGGCCUUCUCAAGAAACUCUACCUUCUUGGAGACCUACAAUGGAGACUUUCUACAGAAAACUUGCGUGUGCUGGGAAUAAGUUGCUUCGUUUGAUUGCCUUGGCACUGAAAUUGGAGGAGUCUUUCUUUGAGAGAAUGGGAGGUUUGGAUAAACCAACAGCUUAUCUUCGCCUUUUGCGCUAUCCAGGUGAACUUGGAUCCGCUGAUGAAGAUGUAUGUGGUGCUUCAGCUCAUUCAGAUUACGGAAUGAUAACUCUUCUUGCAACUGAUGGUGUUCAAGGACUUCAGAUCUGCAGGGAAAAAUUCAAGCAACCACAGGUCUGGGAAGAUGUUCUUCAUUUGGACGGAGCACUGAUAAUUAAUAUUGGGGACAUGAUGGAGAGGUGGACUAACUGUAUGUUCAGGUCGACACUGCAUCGAGUGAUGCCAGUAGGGCAAGAGCGUUUUUCUGCAGCUUUCUUCUUAGAUCCUAAACAUGAUUGUCUGGUGGAAUGCCUAGAAAGUUGCUGUAGCGAGUCCUCUCCUGCAAGAUUUCCCCCAAUUUUAAGUGGCGACUACCUCAAAGAGCGAUUUAGGCUGACCUAUAAGUCAAAUCUUGAAAGCAUAGUCUAAACGAUCUAAGGCUGCUUAUCACGGUAGUAGUGACGAGAUAACAAGUCUUAAGCAGUGGGAUUUGAGGAUCUUGUCCUCAACAAGAAAAUUUAUUGAGGUGCUUGGAGUAGCAAGAAGGUGUUCUUAACAACUGAGGUAAGAAGAGUGGACAUCUGUGCACAGGGUGUAUGUUGAAACAUACAACUAUAUUAUGGGUUUGUAUUUACAUGUUUUAUUCUAUGGUAUUGUUGUUUUAUGCUAAUGUUAUUAGUGUGUGAUAGUGAUAAGGCUUUUGACUGAUUGUGUGAGGAUAGCACUUAUAGGAUAGGUUUUCUGCUGCUGGUGUGAGCAUAGAACUGCAGGAUAUAUUUUUGGCUGCUUGUAUGGGUUUACUUGCAGGUUAUCCUUUCAUAGGUGAGUACAACUUGUGAAAAGGAAUUACCCUAUUGGAUGCCGAGUGUGAGAACAGCACAAGGCAGGGUAAGUUACACUUCAUGUCUGAUCAACAUGAGUGGGAGUAGAUUAUCGUAUGUGAGGACAAUGUGCGAUAAGAUACUAUGUGUUAUGUGUGUGAGUAUAACAUGCAUUAAGAUUACAUUGUGAUAUGAUGUUAUAUUGUAUUUGAGAAUAGUAUGUGAUAUGAUAUGUUAGUAUAUGUAUGCAAGUAUGGUAUGAAUUGAUUUGAUGUUGUGAUAUUGUUAUACUUAUGACUAUGUUAUCUGGUUGGGGGGGUUAUGUCCUACAUAGCUCUUCUUACUGGGCGUUAGCUCACGGGUACUCUGUGUGCAGGUAAAGGCAAAACUAUAUAGUGAGGGUGGCGAGCUCGAGGCGUGGAUUACAUGUUAGGGGAUUGUCACGAUGUUUUGGUUUAAGAAUAUUUCUUUAAAGAUUAUGGCUCGAUUACUUUUGUAAAAAUUAAUGUUUAAAAAUUUGUAAAUGAAUCAAGUGUUUUUGUUUUAAAAUAA